AAUGGCGGGAGAUUUAAGGGUCUGGUUAUUUUUCCCUCUCUUUCCCUGUGUGAAGCGUGUGUGCAGUAGUGACAUUAGGAAUGGUGCUCACAGGCAGAGAAAGCUUGAUUCGAUUAAUCGGCAGACGGAGGCGCUUCCUCCCCAAUCGCCGCUCUAUCCUCUCCUAUCCCAUCCCUAACCCUAAUCCUAACCCUAACCUUAGCCCCAACCCCAGCCCCAACCCGGUUGCGGAAGAACCAUCACAGCAACCAGAUCAAAACGGCGACGUGCAAUGCCCUGUUUGCGGCUGCAACCUUCCCGGUGAUGAUCACAACCGCAUAAACUCUCAUCUUGAUGCGUGUCUUUCUCAUUCACAACCAAAACCAGCAACAAAACGAAAGCUUUCCCAACGCACCCUCCUUGAGUUAAACUUUUCCCCAUCCAAUUCCAAACCUAAACUCCAGAGUCUCACUCACGAAUCUGACAGUGCCUCCUUCCUUCCUCUUCCAAACAACGGUUGUGAAGAAGAAGAAAAAUGCGAUGAACAAGAACUGCCUCAAAAACACGAGACUGUAGUUAAUACUACAAUUGUUGCCACUUCCUCAUCUUCCUCGCCCGUGAACAGUGGGGUGCCUGAUGAUUCUAAACCAGUUGACGUGUUUGUGCCUGAUGAUUCUAAACCAGUUGACGUGCUUGUGCCUGAUGAUUCUAAACCAGUUGACGUGCUUGGCGCCACGCUUGAAACUUUCAUCGUUGGCCGGAGGCACGCUGAUAACCCAGAUGAAAUAUGUGCUGGAACCGCUAUAUCUCUUUUGCGGGACCCUGAAAAUGUUAAGGAUCCCAAUGCCGUUAAGGUUGUUUCUGGGGAUUCUGCGUGCUGUAAGUCGUUAGGUUUUCUUCCCCGCCAUCUAGCCCAGUACCUAUCUCCUCUUAUUGACAACUAUGGCCUUGGAUUUCAGGGGCAUGUUACUUCUGUUCCAAAACAUUCUCUUGAAAUCGUCCCAAUUCAGGUUACGUGCCACAAAACAGCAGAUGGUGAAAGCAAGCACGCUGAUGAGACCUUUAUAUGCUUAUGGAAAAAUGUUCAACAUGUUGUUAAAUUUGAAAGCAGGAAUCCUCCUUCAUCUGUAAAGUAUCAGCUGAAUUUUUGUCUUAUGCUACAAGAAGUGUUAAGAAAUAAUAUUCACCUUUUAACUGAAGAUGAAAAAACCUAUAUGGAUUCAUUCACUUUACUCUCAAAUGACAGUCAGAGGCUUUUUAUCCGGCUACACACUAGAAAAGGACCUUGGUUUCGCAUGUCUAGCAUAUCAUAUUCUGAAAUAGUGGAUACUCAAAAGGCAGUCAAGGAACUUGCUGAGAAAGAAUACAUACAUUUUAUUGAAGGUGCGAAUCAACUAUGUAUGAGUGAUGUGAAAGAUAUCUUGCACGUCCUCAAUGUUUCUGAAUUGCGUGAAAUUUGGAGCAUUUCACUAAAGAAGGGUGGUGGUCAUGGAUUGAAGAAGCAGCAUUUGAUUUCAUCCAUUAUUUCUAGAGACGCUGGUGUGCCUUGGUCACAAUUAUCAACUAUGAUUUUGGAAAGAUCUGGUUCUUGUAUUAGGAUUUCAUCAAAAGCAGAAUCUCUUAUGUGGCGUAUUGAGAGACUUUUCUUCUUAAAUGGAGAACAAGAUCUGUCAUCCUUUUUACUUGUGGAUAUGGGAAAAAUUAAGUAUCCAGCUUACAACUGCAUAAUAUCAGAACCAAUUUUCUCAAAUCGCAGGAAUCUGCUUUCUUAUGAAGAGGCUAUUGAAGUGGCACAAAUUAUGGAUGAAGCUCUUGAUACAAACAAAAUUGAAGUGGUAUUAAGGUGCAUAAAGAUAGCUGAAUCCCGUGUAUCUACUGAUUUUCCAGAUCGGUACUCAACUUCUGAAUCAGUAUCUUCAAUUCGGCACUUAUUUACAGCAUCAUGGGUAUACUCCAAAGUGGUCACCGUGGGGAUUUCCUUCCUUGAGCAGGAGCGCAGGUACACUGACGCAAUUAAUUUGCUCAGAUGGCUGCUAAAUGGUUUCCCUUCUGAUUUAAGAAGAGGAUAUUGGACACUGAGGUUAUCAAUUGAUUUGGAGCACCUGGGCUUCAUUGAUGAGAGUCUCCAAGUAGCUGAAAACGGGUUGCUGGAUCCAUGGAUACGUGCUGGUUCAAGAAUGGCACUGCAAAGGCGGGUUCUUCGUCUAGGUAAACCACCAAGGCGCUGGAAAGUUCCUAGUUUUUCUAGGUCUGCACUGCAGAAGAUCCCUCAGGUUUUUGUUCAAGGGAGACCAUUGAAUUCUGAUUUGGGAGGAAAGAGUAGGUACUACAAUGAAGAGGGGAAACAAUGUGGAGUGGAAGAGCUUGCUUUGAAUUACUAUGCUGCGGACGGAGGUGGAUGGCAAGGUGUUCACGCAGAGAGUGGGAUAUGGUUAACCAUUUUUGGGCUACUUAUGUGGGAUGUCGUAUAUGCUGAUGUACCAAAUGUCUUUUAUACUAGAUUUCAGAAUGCUCCUUUAGAUUUUGGUACUGAUGGUUUUUAUACUUCAAGAAAGAGUGUCAUAGAAUCCCAUCUGCAGCAGAUUCGUGAUGGCAUGGCUGAGGAGUUUCUUAUUAAGUCAUGGGAAACACAUAUUGGAACAGCAUGUAGAGGAGUUAAUUGGGACUCCCAUUCUUUGGAUGUACUUCGGGCUGUUGUUACUUGUGUUGGGGGCACUUGUUUGGCAUCUCUCUGCCAACUUCUGGCUCAAGAUUAUCGGAGCUGGUCUAGUGGGAUGCCUGAUUUGCUGCUAUGGCGUUUCCAUGGAGAAUACAGUGGUGAAGCCAAGCUUGUUGAAGUUAAAGGCCACAGUGACCGACUCUCGGAGCAGCAGAGAGCAUGGCUAUUGCUGCUCAUGGAUUGUGGAUUUUCGGUUGAGGUUUGUAAAGUGAAACCUUUGUAAGUUGCUUAUUAUUACCACACGUUGAAGUUUAUUUCUCUGGUACAUUUGAUGAAGUUCAUUAUUCAUUUACAAGCAAUACUCUUGGAAAGAAGAGGAACGGCUCUAUACGACAUAUGAACUACUCUACUCUAGACCGAAAGUAGUAAUAGGUGCCCAGCCAGAAGAGGAGGGUAUUUCUUCUUCCAUUCUCACGGUUGCUUCCUCUUAUAUUUAUUUUAGAUUGUCCAAUCUGAAGUAUAUUUUUAAAUUUUAGAUUGUCCAAUCUAGGGAAAGAUUUUCUGAUUGAAAAAUCUGAAAUAGCUUUUUGAAUUUUAUAACCUGGAAUCCAAUCCAUAAACAAUUUGGACAUUUUCCCACACCUGUAAUGGUGUUGUAGAGAAGCAAAUGCCAAUAGAGUCCAUGAACCAUUGACGCAUUGGAGAGAUUGAAAUUCGUUCAUGCAGUAAAUUCUUGUUGCUGAUUCUUCAUCUAA